CUGCUGCUCAUUACCGCCACACGUUUCGCGGACGCCGGUCGCCCGUUCUCGUCGUCGUCGUCGUCGCACCUCACACCACGUUCACACGCGCUCCGAACAACACUUCUCGCGCUAAUAUUAUAAUAUUAUAUUUUAUUUAUCUGUCGGUCGAUCCGACUGUUUUCACCACGAUAUCAUACGAUUUCAAUAUUUUUAUUUUUAUUAUUAAUCAUUAUCGUUGACGUGUCUGCAUUGCGGAAUAAAACUAUAUUAUAAUUUUUUUUUUAUUAUUAUCGUGUUCAAUAUUUUUUUGUGCGUCGUUUUUUGACUCGUGUCAUUUUCGUCAAACAAUUAUUAUAAUACAUACGUACGUUUAUUUAUUUUUUGUGUUUUGAAUUAUUAUUUUUUUUACGUGUUUUGUGUCUAAUCUUCGCCAAUCGUCGACGUCCGGGUUCCGUUCACUGACAUGGUGCCAGACACAACGAUCGUUUGAUCAACCCUCCGCUAACACACAUCAGACCGUAUACAUAGUCGUCGUACCCGAGGAGUACGAGUAGCGGGAGAAGUAGCGGCCUGUUUAACGGGGAACUAUCUAUCGUUCUUAUAAUAUAAAAACGCAAUAACGCGUCAUGGAGGUGGGUCUAAAGAAAGACUCGCCAAUCACUUACAGCAACGGAAAGCGCUUGUUCACCAUCGACCAGAAGGUGGACGCGCUGGUCCGCAUCAAGAUGACUGGCUGUUCAAAGGCCGAAGUGGCCAGGAGCUUGCACGUGGCCGAGUCCACGUUCCGCGGUUGGUUUAAAAAUAAGGACAUUGUGUUGAAAGCAGAGGCAAAAUAUAACGAGAUGAAAUCCAAGUCUUCGUCCACGUCUUCGGACGGCUACAAAUCUGACGAAAACUCCAAAUCGUUCUCGGUCGAUGGCUCAGACAACAACUCGACAACAGAUGAGCGUGAGGGCAGCUUGUCCCGGUUCAGCAGCCCGGACCCGUGCGUGACCAAUCCGAUUAGACGCAGUCCAGAGAGACUUCAUCAUCAUCAAAAGCUCAAGCUCAAGAAGCAACAACACAACAACGCGUUGAGCUUGAACAACAACAACAACAUAAUCGGUAGCGGUGGCUUGCUCGGAGGUGGUUUGAUGGGUGGCGCUCUCAACAGCGCUCUCAACGGCGGUCUCAACUCCGGUCUCAACGGAGGUCUCAACGCCGGUCUUAACGCUGGUCUCAACGCUAGCCUUAACGCCAGCCUCAACGCAAGUCUCAGCGCCGGGUUUAAUGCAAGUCUCAGCGCAAGUUUCAACGCAAGUCUCAACGCAAGUCUCAGUGCCGGGCUCGGCGCAGCUGGACUCAACGGUAGCCACGGUGCCGCCGCCCUAAACGCUAGUCUCAGCCUCAAUCAACAAACACAACAGCUCCAGCAUCAGCUGUCACAGCUCGCCCAUCAUCCGCUCCACCACAAUAUGUCGCCACUUGGCGGCCUCAAGAGCAGCAACACAGUAGCCGCAGCAGCAGUUGCCGCCGCCGCAGCAGCCGCAGCCUCAGCGGCAGCCGAUCGCGCCAAUCUCCGCCUCAGCCCAGCAGAAAUCCAAAACAAGAUCAACAACUUCUUUGGUCCGGGACAGAUUAUUCCGACUUCGCCACCGUCCUGUUCGACGAGCUACAUCUCUCCGGAUUUCACCAACGAGAAUCCCUUCAACAAGUCGUCCAGCAGUUUCAUCAACACAAUGGUGACGGCUACUCUGAUGGAGCCACAGGCAUUGGACUUGUCCAUGCACUCCAGGAAUAAGUGUAAGGAUUUCAAACCAUCCUUUACCACAUGCACGGUCACAAACACUACUACUACGACCACAAAGUCGAGCCCGAAAAUACUGAGGCACAAUUCUCACAGAAAUCUGUACAAGCCGUACAAUACCAGGUGCACCGACGACAUCGUACAAGGUAUUAAUCCCAGGAACCCAUUGUGGCCAUUGUAAUAAGCUACUAUAAUACUUAAAAAAGAAAAAACCAAAAUUACUUGUCGUCUACAUAUUUUUCGAAGAAGAGGAAAAACUACAAAAGGACGACAAACUAUUGACCUAUCCGCUUCUUUUAGAAUCAAUCUCUUAAUUUUUUUUUUUUUUUCAAAAAUAAAAUACUAAAUAAUGUAAUUCACUAAUUUCUAAAAAUGUUCAUUCUCCUACAUAUAUAUAUGUGUGUAUAUAUAUUUGAACACGUAUAUAUAUUUUAUAUAUUAUUGUCACAAUUUUUAUUAAUGUAGAUUUUUUUUUUGUUUCUCAAACCAUCAAUUAUUAUACAGUGUCAGUUUUGUUUUUAUACAUAUAUUUAUGUGUACCUAAUUAUAAGAAAUACUUUUAGUAUUUAACCAUGUAAGUCUAUGUUUGAUACGUUCGUAUAAUAAUGCAACUGGAGUAAAUAAUUUUUAACAUGUUUUAAAGAUAUUUAUUACGAACCAUACAAAUAUAGAUAUUUAUUUAUUAUUAUAAUAUAUUAUAAUAAUCUUUUUUUUUAUAAAACUCUUUCAUUGCUAUAGACUAUAUAAAUUAUUAUUACCAUAUUGUUAUUGUUGUUAUUUGUAUUCCUUUUCGUUUUUAACUAAAAUUGCAGGUAUUGUACAGAUUAUGAUGUUAUUGUACACGCAUUGUCUUAACCGAAGAACUUAUCAAUGAUUUAAUGUUAAGUAUUAAUAAUAAUAACAAUGUAUUAUAUAUAGUCUGUAUAUAUAUAUAUAUAUAUAUGUGUGUUUAUAUAUAUAUAUAUAUAUAUAUAUACUGCUUGAGUCCUAAGUUUAGCAUUAUUGCAAUAUAUAACUGUAUUUAUUAUAUUUGUUUGUAAGUACAGUGGCUAGUUCGCGCGGGUAUGACAACAUACUAAAUGAGUUCGAUAGCCACCCGUGUAAGCGCGAAUAUACAAAAACUACUAAGUUACUAUUUUUUAAAUUUGAUAUUUUUUAUUACUGCAGUAUGAGAGCGAUACUCGUUUGCGGGUCGCAGGGUAGAUUACUUGCAAGACGUACACUAUUGUUUUGAAUACUAUUAGAGUGGAUACACCACAAAGUGUAGUUUGUUUUUCUAAGACCAUUGAAGUCUUACUGUUUUAAACAUCUCUGUAUAUUUUUCAUCAACUAAUGACGCAUGUUGACAUUUUCAGUAUAUAUUUUUCGCCACAGAGUAUUUUCAAAUCUUGAACAUUCAGCCAGAAAGUUUCCAGUACUUCUCACGAUCUUUUCAAAUGUUUAUAUUAUACACAAUACUUACCCGAGUCACAAAAUUAAUAGAUACAUCAUUUAUGCAAUCUGCAGGUAUACAAUGAACUUUUAGAAAAACUUUCUUACCUAUAUUUGCAUAGUGUAAUCAGCAAAAAGAAUGAAUUUGUCGUUGCAAAAGUAAUUCGUACUCGACAGUGGCGCCGAAUUAUAGACAAAGGCAUGGAUGUACUUAAUCACUGUAAUUUCCAUUGCAUUUUUUCCCUCUAAAACAGUCGAAAGUAUAUUCCGUAGGAAAUUUGACAAUGUUACCUACUCAUCUAUCACGCUUUUAGUAUGUACAUAUACGUUUCGGUGCCACUACUGCAGGUUCUCACUCUUGAUCGAAAGUCAAGAUUUAGAUAUUAAGGAUUAUUUGAUUAUAGUCACGAUAAUAACGUAGACAUAUUUUACAUUUUGGAUACUAUGAUUUUUUUCCUGUUGAAAAUCCGCAACAGUAUAUUCAGUAGGAAUUUUAAUAAUGUUACCUACUCACCAUCACGCUUUUAGUACAUAUACAUACGUUUCGGUGCCAAUACUGGUUCUCGGUCUUGAUUGAAAAUCGAGAAUAGGAUAUUAAGGAUUAUUUGAUUAGUCACACAGUAAAAGCGUGAACAUAUUUUAUAAUAAUAUGAUCCAUGAGUGAUUUGAUGGCGAAUGGGAUAUGAUUACCGAUACCUAAAAAAUAUAAUAUGAUUUCAAUAAAAGUCUGUAUACACCAUACUAUUGUACACACACUCUCACCGCAUGUACAUGUGUAUGACAUUGUGGUUGACUGAAAAUCGCUAAGAUCGUCAACAUUAAUUUUAUAUUGCCUUUGUUUGAUAAAAUAUUAUAGCGCGACAGUUAUAAGAAUUGUCCUUUUAUUUCUUAAUGUAUAUUUAUAGGUUUUUUAGCUAAACUACAAUUACACGGGCAUACUAGCAAAUGACUAUUGUGCCAGUGCUUGGUUUAGCUAAAUUAUCUAGUUUUAAUAUAUUCUUAAGCAUUUGUAUCUGUAUUUAUAUUUACUGUUAAUACCAUUAAGGUUAGGAUUACCAUAAUUCACUCAUGUUUGUGUACAGUAUAUUUGAAUAUACAUUAUUAUUUAAUAUUAUUAUAUUAUAUGUAUAAUGUAUACAUAUAUAAAUAUAUAUAUUUAUUUAUUUAUUA